AUGAUGCAUCGAUUCCAAGCUGUGGCCAGAAGAUCCAUUAAGACAUUGCACACACCAAUAAUCACUAUUAAAAAUGACCCUGCAAAGAGGUUAGAUUUGCUAUUUUACUUAAACACAUUGAACAAGGUUUUAACCUCUGCCCAGUAUAACAAUACUAUAUUGUAUGAGAAUAGAUACAAACAUAUACCUGAAAUGAUUACUUCUAAGGAUUCCUACAAACUGCAUAGAUUAAUUGAAGUAAUGGUUGAAAAUUGGGAGAAAAAAGAGAUUUUAAGUAAGUCCACAGAUCCACAAACUAAGUUGGGGAAAAUAGGCCUACGUAUUUUCUUGGACAUUUGUGCGAAUUUUAAUAAAGAUAUUGAUUAUUUGUUGGCAACUACCUUAGCUGUUGAGUUAUUGAAAAUAUAUGUUAAAAUUCCUACCAAAGAAACUGUUGAUGCAAUUGAAAAUGUUUUAACUAGAAUGAGUGUAUUUUUAUCUGAGAACAAAUUAAUGCUAGAUCUUACUUCUAGAGCCUCAAUAGAUAAUAUCUGUCGAAAACUUUUUUCGAAAGAAAACUCUGAUGUAGUUAUUAAGACUUUAGAAAAAUUGGAUUAUAAAUUAGUUUCCAGUGAUUUGGUUAGAGUUGUUCGCGGUAAGAAAUUUACUACUGAAUUGGAAGUUAAUAAAGGGUGGAAAUAUUAUGGUGGGAUUAAAGAUAAUAACCCAGCUUACUUGCGGUCGUUGGGAAUAAGUGAAUCGAGUCGUAAUAAAUUAAUUUCAUUAGAUGAAACGGCACUAGUUUUAUUUAUUGACGAUAAAGUAUUAAGGGACGCAAAUAAGAUAUUACCCACUUUACAUUAUUGUAACAAAGAGGAUAAAUCUUUGGUGAUUUUUAUUAAUGGAGAUGUUAAAGGGGAUGCGUUGAAUGCUAUAUCCAUUCACAAUAAUAAAUCUUCAAGACAGAAUAAAAAGUCCAAAAUUUUGAUUUUUAACUAUGUGCCGGGAGACCAUAGGGGUUUAGAAAUGACCGAAAAUUAUGAUUUUAUUAAAUUUUGUAAAUUGCCCAAGGGGUCAGGAAGUAUUUAUAGUCAAAAAUUUAGUGAAUAUGUUCCAAGUAAAAUAACAAAGGAUUUAUAUUUUGGUGAAAUUGAAUCAGUUAAGGCAACAACACUUGAAGCAUUUUUAUAUAAUGAAAAUGAUAUUAACGGUAACGAGUGCUUACGUACUACAGUCACUGUUCAUAUUGGUGGCAGUAGUGAAUUAGAAAUUGAUCAGAAAAGGGUUGAGUUGGAUACUAUUUUUAAUGAUUUUUUAGCUAGUGCUUUAAGUGAUGGUGUUUUGCCUACAUAUGGGGUUUCUUUAGUUAAAGCCUUAUCAUGCAUUAAUAACGUAAAUAAACCACUUUUUAUUCCGAUAUUUGCUGAGUUGAUGGAAAAUUCGAUCAAGAAUGUUUACAAGAUAGAUAAAUUCACUGCUUCAGCCAGGGUAGCCAAAACUCUUUUAUUAGGAGAUAGCACUGCUAUGAAGAAUAGUGAAACUUCCAAUUUUGGUACAGCAUAUUUGAACGACACUUUUAAAAAAAUUAACAUGUUUGAAGUUGGAUUAUUAGAACCAUGGAAGAAAAUCGACAACACAUUAAAAGCGAUUUUAUCAUUUAUUAAAAUGGCCACUACAUGUGAUUAUUUUGUUACUAAGGUUUACAAGGAUAGGGUGAAAUGA